UUUAAAAUGAAAAUGGUCUACAAUCUGACUGAGUGAAUCCUUGGCAUUGGAAGGACAUCAGCCUAAAGGUGGAAUCAUAAAGGUGAUGACUAGCUGAGAUGCUAGUUGGCUGUUCACUGAAUAAUGCUUUUGCCUCCUGCCCCAGCAGACACACCAGCUACAUGGAAGCAGGAAACCACACAGAAGAAUCACAAUUUCUCCUCCGCCUCUCAGAGCAUCCUGACCUGCAGCCCCUCCUCUUUGGUCUGUUCCUGACCAUGUACCUAGUCACCGUGCUCGGGAACCUGCUCAUCAUCCUGGCCGCUAGCUCUGACCCCCACCUCCACACCCCCAUGUACUUCUUCCUCUCCAACCUGUCCUUUGUUGACAUCUGUUUCGUCUCCACCACCAUCCCGAAGGGGCUAGUGAACCUCCAAGCCCAGAGCAAAGACAUCUCUUACACAGGAUGCCUCACUCAGGUUUAUUUCUUUAUGAUUUUUGCUGUAAUGGAUGGUUUCCUCCUGACUGUGAUGGCCUAUGACCGCUUUGUGGCCAUCUGCCACCCCCUGCACUACAUGGUCAUCAUGAGCCCACGCCUCUGUGGUCUCCUGGUUCUAAUGUCUUGGUUCAUCAUUUUCUUGGUGGCCCUGGUUCACAUUCUACUGUUGAGGCGGCUGACCUUCUGUAUUGGCACUAAAAUUCCACAUUUCUUCUGCGAACUGGCUCAGAUGAUCAUGGUGGCCUGCUCUGACACCCUAGUCAAUAAGAUCUUCUUGUUUGUGGCAACUGCCCUGCUGGGUGUGUUUCCCCUCACUGGGAUCCUCUUCUCUUAUUCUCGAAUUGCCUUGUCUUUGAUGAGAAUGUCCUCGGCAGGGGGGAAAUAUAAAGCAUUUUCCACCUGUGGGUCUCACCUCUCUGCGGUCUCCUUGUACUAUGGGACAAGCCUGGGGGUCUAUCUCAGUUCUCAUGUGACCUAUUCUCCCCAGAGUUCAGCUGCCUCCGUGAUGUACACUGUGGUCACCCCCAUGCUGAACCCCUUCAUCUACAGCCUGAGGAACAAGGACGUGAAGGGGGCCCUGGGGAGGCUGCUCGGUCGAGGAGCCCCUUGUCUGUGAUGGGCCCCGGGCCUCAGAACUAAGUGGACAUUGUGAGGCUGCAAAGACAACGGCUGUGAACUUGAAUAUCCUGCUUCUUCUCCACUAAGACAUGCUGCAUUUCUUCUAUACUCAACAUACUUGUGACUUUUAUUUGUUUUUGCAUUAGUUUCUCCUCAAGUAACCUCCUCAGUGAGCCCUUUGUAACUUUUCAUUCCUAUUCGCAGCCCAUACAUUUCUGUCUUGGGCCAGUUUUCUUAUAGCCAAUCCGGCGAUUUCCCACAUUAGAUUUGGAGAACUUACAGCACAUGUGGCAUGGUUUCCUCCAAACUAUCCUUUCCAAUGUUGAUAUUCUUCACCAUAAUUUUGUUGUGUGUUUGCUUUUCCCUGGAAGAAAUGGAGUGAAAAUCGCACAAUAAUCAUAAGACAAGUGCUUCAAGUAUCAAAGCCGUUCUUCUGGGUUUAUGUGUAUGUUUUAUGUUAUCUUGACAACAUUUCUUAAAGACAGUUUCUCUCAGGUACCCCAUUUUUCAAAGAGAUUGAGAUUGGGAUGGAUUCUAACCUGGAAACCUGACACUGAGCCCACAUUCCUAACUUUGCUAUGAAACUUUUCCUGAA